CGCGGUCGCACGCGCAGUUGGUCCUUAGUUCUGCGGCCGUGUGGGUGAGUUGGCUGCCGGUGAGUUGGGUGCCGGUGGAGUCGUGUUGGUCCUCAGAAUCCCCGCGUAGCCGCUGCCUCCUCCUACCCUCGCCAUGUUUCUCACCCGGUCUGAGUACGACAGGGGCGUGAAUACUUUUUCUCCCGAAGGAAGAUUAUUUCAAGUGGAAUAUGCCAUUGAGGCUAUCAAGCUUGGUUCUACAGCCAUUGGGAUCCAGACAUCAGAGGGCGUGUGCCUAGCUGUGGAGAAGAGAAUUACUUCCCCACUGAUGGAGCCCAGCAGCAUUGAGAAAAUUGUAGAGAUUGAUGCUCACAUAGGUUGUGCCAUGAGUGGGCUAAUUGCUGAUGCUAAGACUUUAAUUGAUAAAGCCAGAGUGGAGACACAGAACCACUGGUUCACCUACAAUGAGACAAUGACAGUGGAGAGUGUGACCCAAGCUGUGUCCAAUCUGGCUCUGCAGUUUGGAGAAGAAGAUGCAGAUCCAGGUGCCAUGUCUCGUCCCUUUGGAGUAGCAUUGUUAUUUGGAGGAGUUGAUGAGAAAGGACCCCAGCUGUUUCAUAUGGACCCAUCUGGGACCUUUGUACAGUGUGAUGCUCGAGCAAUUGGCUCUGCUUCAGAGGGUGCCCAGAGCUCCUUGCAAGAAGUUUACCACAAGUCUAUGACUUUGAAAGAAGCCAUCAAGUCUUCACUCAUCAUCCUCAAACAAGUAAUGGAGGAGAAGCUGAAUGCAACAAACAUUGAGAGAUGGGGUCUUGCUGUGUUGCCCAGACUGGUCUUAAACUCCUGGCCUCAGGCAAUUCUCCUGCCUCAGCCUACUGAGUACCUGGGACUAUAGGUGAGAGCCACUACACCUGGCUGUUUUAUUGUUUUUUAUUCAGAUAUCAUAGCUGGCAUUGCUGAAGACUACAUAGAUCAUGGAAAUGACAUUUUUGUAUAUUUAGUUCCUAAGAAAUUAUUAACAGCCUUUGAAUAAUAAGCAGCUUUAGUAAAGUGGUGCUGGCAGAAGCCAGAAUUCAGUGAGUUAAAGAAUGAGGCCUGGCGAGGUGGCUCACGCCUGUAAUCCCAGCACUUUGGGAGGCCAAGGCAGGCAGAUCACUUGAGGCCAGGAGUUCGAGACCAGCCUGGCCAGCAUGGCAAAACCCCGACUCUACCAAAAAUACAAAUACUAGCCAGGUGUGGCAGCAUGCACCUGUAGUUCCAGCUACUCGGGAGGCUGAGGCAUGAGAAUUGAUUGAACCCAGGAUUCGGAAGUUGCAGUGAGCUGAGAUUGUGAUACUGCGCUCCAACCUGGGCGACAGAGCGAGACUCUCUCAAAAAUAAAAUAAAAAGAAUGAAAGGGAGAUGAUGAGUGGAGAAAACAAUAGUAUGCUGCUUUCUCAAGAAGUUUGAUUAGUGUCGGCAGAAGAUAGCAUUAAAGAAAAGGAUUGUGUCUUUUUAAGGAUGUGGAAAAGUCUUGAAAAUAUAAACGGAGAUGAAACUAGUGUAUAGAAAAAUGUUGAAAGAGUCGGGCGCAGUGGCCUGUAAUCCCAGCACUUUGGGAGGCUGAGACAGGUGGAUCGCUUGAGGGCAGGAGUUCAAGACCAGCCUGCCCAACAUGGUGAAACCCCAUCUCUACUAAAAAUACAAAAAUUAGCCAGGCGUGGUGGUGGACGCCUGUAAUCCCAGCUACUUGGGAAGCUGAGGCAUGAGAAUCGCUUGAACCCGGGAGGUGGAGGUUACAGUGAGCCAAGAUUGCACCACUGCACUCCAGCCUGGGCGACAGAACAAGACUCCGUCUCAAAAAAAAAAAAAAAGCUGAAAGAAAUAAAAGGAGAGGUUAGGAUAGUGAUGGAAAAGUUAUAGAAGAGGUAAGGCAUGGUACACAUGAAGGAGUUGGCUUUGAAAAGUAAAAUUCAUUCAGCAUCAUAUUGAGUACCCAUUAUAUAGCAGGUAUUAUGCUAGAUGCCCAGGGUUACAGACACAGAAAAUCCAAUUCCUAUUCAAGUAGUAUACUGUGUAGUGCAGGGAACAUAUAGAUAAUAAGAACCUGGGGUGAUAUUUCUAUAACAGCAGUAAGAACAGAUUCCUGUGAGUAUGUACAACUUAGACUAAAGCAUUAGGGAAGCUUCUUGGAAGAGGUGAUGUCUGGAAAAGGGAGCAGAAAGGUAUUCCAGGAAGACGGGACAACAUGUGCAAAGGGUUCAAGAUGUAAAAAUAAUAUUGUGGGUAAAGGAAACUUUGAGGUUUUGUCUGACCGCUGAGGUGUGGGAUGUAUAUAAGAUGGUGGGGGACGGUAAGGGAUGAGACUGGAGAGGUAUGGCCAGCUUGGGAAUGUCCUUUUUUAGUAAUGCUAAGAGUAGACAGGAGCAAAGGAAGUAAUGACGAGUAAAGAUAGGUGGGUUUGGCGGUAAACCUGGAGAGAUGUCCCACAUUUCCCCAGAUUUUUCCUAGUGAUUGUAAGGUCAUCUGCCGAGGGUAGGUGAAUGCAACAGUAAAAUUGAGAAUGGGAAAUAUUUGGAAAAGUCGUUAUGAGAAGACAGGGAAGAGUAAAAGGAUUGCUGGGCCAUAUUAAAAUCCUAGUUGAGGCCAGUAAUCCUAGCACUUUGGGAGGCCAAGGCAGGAAGAUCACGUGAGGCCAGAAGUUCGAGACUAGCCUGGCCAACAUAGUGAAACCCCGUCUCUACUAAAAAAAUACAAAAAAUUAGCUGGGUGUGGUGGUGCGUGCCUGUAAUCUCAGCUAUUCGGGAGGCUGAGGCAUGAGAAUUGCUUGAACCUGGGCAGUAGAGGUUGCAGUGAGCUGAGAUUGCACUCCAGCUGCACUCCACCCUGGGCAACAGCACGAAACUCUGUCUCAAAAAAUAAAUAAAUAAAAUUUAAAGGCCAACCAAGACUGUAAUUAUAUAUCAGUAAUUAAACCAAUCAGUACUUACCAGGAUAUUUGUUGACCACACUCAUGAGAAAAUGGAUAGUUGGAUUAAUCCAUGGUAGGGGAUUGACUAGUUAAGAACAGAAGAUUAGAGAGGACUGGAGAGUAUUGUUGGUGAAUGUCUCACCCAUAGAACCAGCUUUCAUAGGCUGCUGUGAAAGGUCAGUCUAAGAAGGACUGACAUUUGGGAGCCACUGCUCUAGAGCCCAUCUGCUUUAAGUUCUUAGUCUAUUAGUUGUUCCUUGGAGCUCCAGCCUCCCUACAUGAACUGCUUCCCCUAAGAAAAGGAAAAUAUCCGGCCAAGCGUGGUGGCUCAUGCCUGUAAUCUCAGCACUUUGGGAGGCCGAGGCUGGCGGAUCACGAGGUCAGGAGAUUGAGACCAUCCUGGCUAACAGGGUGAAACCCCUUCUCUACUAAAAAUACAAAAAAAAUUAGCCGGGUGUGGUGGCGGGCGCCUAGAGUCCCAGCUACUCCAGAGGCUGAGACAGGAGAAGCGUGAACCCGUGAGGCGGAGCUUGCAGUGAGCCGAGAUCAUGCCGCGCCACUGCACUCCAGCCUGGGCGACAGAGUGAGACUCUGUCUCAAAAUAUAUAUAUAUAUCCAAGUUACAUCUUACAUCUUUCUUUUUAAGAAAAUCUUUAUAUGUACCUCCUUCUAUCGAGUGUCCUUACUUUCAAUGAACUUUUUUGAGAUAUAAUUUAUAUACAGUAAAAUGUACCUAUUUUAAGUUUACAAUUCAGCGGAUGUUGACAAAUGUACAACCCCCAGUAUCUGUCACCCCAGUCAUUAUAUUGAUCCUCCCAAAAAGUUCUCUCAUGUCCCUUUGUAGUCUCUUCCCCCACAUUGAUCUACUUUUUGUCACUAUAGAUUUGUUUUGUGUUCUAGAAUUUCAUAUAAAUGUUUUUGUUUGUUUUUUUAAGAGAUGAGGUCUGGCUAUAUUGCCUAGACUGGUCUUGAACUCAUGAGUUCAAGUAGUCCUCCCACCCCAGCCUCUCGAGUAGCUGGGACUACAGGUGCACACACCAUGCCUGGCUAAUGUUUUUUAAUUUUUUUAGAGAUGGGGUCUUGCUGUGUUGCCCAGACUGGUCUUAAACUCCUGGCCUCAGGCAGUUCUCCUGCCUCAGCCUCCUGAGUAAUUGGGACUAUAGGUGACUAUAGGGACUAUACUUCUUUCACUUGGCGUGAUUUUGAGAUUCACCCGUGUUGCAUCAAUUCUGUUACAUUUCAUUGCUGAGUGCUAUUUCAUCCAUCUUAUUUUUUCACCUUUAUUGCCAAGUCUCCUCCAAACAGAACCUGUAUUAUCUCCACUGCUUCACCUCUCAUUUACUCCUCAAUCACUACUAUUUGUUUCAGUUUUUAUUAUUUCCAUGAGACUGCUCCUUGCUAAGAUAACUCUUAUUUGUCAGAUUUCAUGGUUACUCUUUGGAACUAUCAUUUGACCUUUUUGAAGGAUUCACCUCAGAUUUGACAGUUCUAAAAUUAAAAUCAUUAUCUUUCCUAAAAACCAUUUCAUCUUCCCAUAUUUCUAAUCUUGGUUGAUGACACCCCCAGUGUACUUGUCAUUCACACGAGAAACCUGGAAGACUUUGACUUCCCUUUCCCCUUUUACUCAGUCAUUUCUUUGCUCCCUUAUAAAUAACUCCCAAAUCAAUGUCCCUUCUCCAUCCCUACUUCCAGUGCCGCCUUUUGUUCAGGUUCCCAUUUUUCCUCUACCUUGUAUAUUUUCAGAGGCUUCCUAACUAAUCUUGCCCUCCUCCAUUUCAGUCCAUUUUUUCCUCAUUGUGCUACUAUAGUGGAUUUUCUAAGCUAUAUCUAAUCUUAAUGGUUCUCCACUUAAGAAAUAUUUUCUGGCUGGACAUGUGGCUCACGCCUGUAAUCCCAGCACUUUGGUAAGCCAAGAUGGGUGGAUCACUUGAGGCCAGGAGUUCAAGACCAGCCAGGCCAAUAUGGUGAAACCCCUGUCUCUAAUAAAAAUACAAGAAAUUAGCUAGGCACGGUGACGUGUGCCUGUAAUCCCAGGUACUUGGGAGGCUGAGGCAUGAGAAUUGCUUGAACCCAGGAGGCGGAGGUUGCAGUGAGCUGGAAUCACGCCACUGCACUCCAGAGCGAGACUGUCUCAAAAAAAAAAAAAAAAAAAAAAACCUUUUCUGACUUCUGUUGUCUGUGAGAUAAAUUCCAAAAUUCUUUUCAUGGCAUAAUUCACUACUUCUUAAGUCAUUUGUUUAAUCUGUUAGAGACUUUGCUAAGCAUUUUACAUGCAAUUACUUCUCUUAAUCUUCACAACACUCCUAUGAGAUAGAUAUUCCUAUUCCGAAAAUCUUAUUUUACAGAAGAGGAAACUGGCUUUGAGACGGUAGGGCCAACAGGUAAAUGGUAGAGUCAGGAUUUGAAUCCAGGUCUGGUCUUAGGUCUUAUACUUUUAACCACUUUAACAUACUGUCUCCCAUGAGCUCUGACCCCCUACUCCCUCUCCUUUUCACGUCAUAUUCCAUGUGCAAGCUGUGGUUUAGCCAUACAGAAUUACUUUCAGUUUUGCAAAUAUGUUGUGUUCUUUUGUGGUUCUGUGCAUUUGCACAUUGUUUGCCCUUCCUGUCUUUGACUGUCUGACCCAUUCUUGCCAUGCUUUUAAUACACAACUCAAAAGUUGCUUCUCCCUGAAGCCUUCCUGGGCUCCUCCAGAUCACUCUUAUACAUAUUCUUAGUUCUAUUACAACACUUACCUGACAUUGAAUACAUUUGGCAUCUAGCACUUAGUAAAUAAAGACUUUCUUCAUCUUUGGAUCCUUAGUCACAAGUACAUGUAACUAAUACACAGGUGCUUAGUAAUUAAUUAUUGGUGAAAUAAAUUGAAAGAAAAUAUCUGUUCUACCUGCCUCAUAGAGAUGUUUUUUGAAAGUGAGAUAAUAAAUAGAAAAGUGUCUUUCAUAUAAUGCAAAUACAUUUAUUAUUAUGCAAAUGUAAGGGAUUAUUUUUACUUAUCUAGUGAUGAGCAACUUCCUGAAGGCAGUCCUUGGCUCAGACACUAUUAUUAAUAGUAUUGAUUUGCGUUCCAGUUCUUCUGUAGGACUGUUCCACUCAGAGUUUUCCCAGUUUCUGCUUUUUAGCCCCUGUAAUGUUUUGAGAAGGCUAGCCUGAGUCAUGAGUGAAAUUCUUUAGGCCCUCACUCUUUAGAUUAUUGCUCUUAUAUUUCUCUGUCCUCAUGUCAUUGAUCAUCAAGUAAAGAUAUACCUUAAGAGAAGCAGUAGUAACAUUUUUAUUUAUUUAUUUAUUUGAGACAGGAUCUCACUUUGUUGCCUGGGCUAAGUGCAGUGGUGCGAUCUCGGCUCACUGCAACCUCCACAUCCCAUGUUCAAGUGAUUCUUGUGCCUCAGCUGGGCCUACAGGCAUGCGCCACCAUGCCCGACUAAUUAUUGUAUUUUGAGUGGAGACAGGGUUUUGCCAUGUUCACCAGGCUGGUCUCGAACUCCUGACCUCAAGUGAUCUGCCUGCCCCAGCCUCCCAAAGUGCCAGAAUUGAAGGAAUUACAGGCUACCACGCCUGGCCAAGAGAAGCAGUAAUAAUAUUUGUAUGUUUAAAUAUCCUUGGAAUGGAACUCUUGGUCUACAUGGUAAACUAAUUGUUUACCUAUAUUUUGCAGAUAUAUUUGGGACUUUUCUGACAUUUCAUGUAACUAGAGAUAUAUCUUUUAGGAGAAUCUAGAGGAGACUACAAGCUUUGAGAGGAGAACUUUUUUUUUAAGUCUGUUCCCAGAUAUCAGAUGUCUUAAGACGUGCAGCAGUCUUUCUGAAUUUUACUUAUAGAUGAGGCAGAGGAUACUAAACAUCAUAUAACUGGAUUAUGCUGAUUCUCUCUAGCAACUUUCAAGUUACAUUAAAUAUUAGUACUGAAAAUUACUUUAAAAUGCCCUACUAUAUUUAAUUUUAAAAAAUUAUUAUUAAUUAAUUUAUUGUUUUAGACAGAGCCUCUUUCUGUCACCCAGGCUGGAGUGCAGUGGGAUGAUCACAACUCACUGCAGCCACAACCUCCCAGGGUCAAGCAAUUCUCCCACCUCAGCCUCCUGAGUACGUGGGACACAGGCGUUUGCUACACCCCCUGCUAGUUUUUUGGGGUUUUUUUUUGGUAGACACGGAGUCUCCCUGCGUUGUCCAGGCUGGUUUUUGACUCUCGGGCUCAAGUGAUCCUCCCGCCUCAGUCUCCCAAAGUGCUGGGGUUACAAGCAUGAGCUACUGUUUCCAGCCAUGUGUUUAAUUUUAAAAAUUGAAGAAAAAAAACACUAUGAGGAAAUGACAUGUAAAACACAAAUCUUUUGAGGCAAAUGUGAAGUGGCACCUAUUGCUCAGUAUUGCCCAAAACUGUGGGACAUGAUCAACAGAGAGAAUGGAAAACCUAGUCAUGAUAGUUAAAUUUGAAAUUAACCAUCUUCUGACCCUAGUUUUUUAUUGUUGUUGUUGCUUUUAAAUGUAAAUAUAAUCUGGAUUUCCAGUUAUUACUGAUAUCUUCAGCAGUCACAACUGAUUUCCUAUGCCAGUGUUAAUGAAAUCUUUUCUUGGCCAGUUCUUUUACAAAAACGUUAACAGGCCAGGUGCAGUAGCUCACAUCUGUAAUCCUAGCACUUUGGGAAGCCGAGGUGGGCAGAUCACCUGAGGUUGGGAGUUCGAGACCAGCCUGAACAACAUGGAGAAUCGCCGUCUCUACUAAAAAUACAAAAUUAGCCGGGCGUGGUGGCGCACGUCUGUAAUCCCAGCUACUCGAGAGGCUGAGGCAGGAGAAUUGCUUGAACCCGGGAGGCGGAGGUUGAGGUGGCUUAGAUCACGCCAUUGCACUCCAGCCUGAACAACAAGAGCGAAACUCCAUCUCAAAACAAAAACAAAAACAAACAAAAAAAACUUUUUUGUUAAGUUUUGCCACAUAAACAAUUUUAGAGAAAAUACCUGACAAUAGUUAAUGAUUAUUUGUUGUAGGCAAUAAUGGUCUAAGCACUUUAUAUAUAUUAACAUUUAAUCCUCACAACUACUCUAUGAAUUAGCUAUUCUUAUUGUCCUCAUUGUACAGAUGAAGAAAUAGAGGCACAGAGUGGCCAAGUAACCCCAAGUCACACACACAAGCUCAACUUUUAAGUAUUUAAAUAUACUUCAAAUAUAUUUCUAAAGGAGUCUUUAACAGAAAAAAGUACUGACUCCAUGUACUUUGCUGCUGCUUUUGUGAUCCCUGUUGAAGUGACUUCAAGAAGUGACAAUGAUGCCAGGCAUUUGGUUAAGUAUGAUGUGGUGAGUUAACCUUAAAAUAGAAAAUUUGGUCAAUAAGCAUUUUUAUUUUGGAGCCAGAGAGCUAUUUUAGGGACCUGCUGCCUGGAAAGGAUAUCCUUGGGACAGCAGAUCCCUUAGUUCCUAAUGAAUAGCUGCAUCACCAACACAGCUUCUCCUGACCAUGGUAGGGCCAUCAGCAGGGUAACUCAGCCCAGCUUAUUAACCCUUCUGUUUUCU